AUGCAACCAGAAUUGAUUUCCUUUCUCGAAGAGAAUCGUAUAAAGACGCAAAUAAUCAGCACUAUGAAGCAAUAUCUACUGAAUAAAACGGAUAAGUUAUCUAUCUAUCUAUCUAUUGAUUAUCUAUCGAUCAUCUAUCUAUCGAUUCUAAAAAAACAUCGGUUAUUUCUUUAUCGGUCUAAGAUCGAAAAUCUAUCUAUUCAUCUAUCUAGAUAUCUAUUCAUCUAUCUCUCUCUCUCUCAUCUAUCUAUCUAUAAAAUCUCUGUCAUACUGUUUGAAGGGGUCCGUCUAUUUUUGUUCCUGUCUAUUUAUGCAUCGACAGUGGCCUGUUCUUACAACUUUCUCAAUUUCUCUCUCUCUCUCUCUCUCUCUCUCUCUCUCUAUCUAUCUAUCUAUCUAUCUAUCUAUCUAUCUAUCUAUCGAUCUAUCUAUCUAUCUCUAGCUAACAUUCUGUUUUUUCUUUCUUUCUUUCUUCCUUUUUCAUUCUCGUCACAGCUCUCUAUCUAUCCCAUAUGUGUUAAUAUCUAUGUAUCUAUCUAA